AAUUCGUCACCAGAGUGCGCUGAUUUCUGCGCUAAGAACCGCGAAUUUGCGAAUUUCGUACUUUAGCAUUUCAUACGGAUUUGAUAAUUUGAUCAUUGAAAUAUUAACAAAUGAGAGGAACGUGACGGACUUGGGUGACUAAUAUAUAAGUAUAGCAUAAACAAUAACCGCUAGUCGAUAAGAAAUACGAACGUAUUGACUAACUCAUUCUUAUAGUUUACAUUAUAAUAAUCUCCAUACGUUGAAAUGUAUCGAAAUAAGGCUUUCUUUGAUUUCUUAUAUAAAUAGUUCUAGUAUUCCAAUACGAUACUUUUACCCACUUUCAUCUUAUAAACAUUAGGCUAGGACAUAUCCUUCGUCACUCUUAUGCUAAGGACCUAGAAUAAUAAGGGCAUUGUUUGGUUGCGAAGCGAGCGUGUGAAACCGAAGCGUGGGUCGCGAGACCCCAGAAUUCGAAUGAGUGGGAGAAUGAAGAACAACGUGAUUGAUCCGCGUAUGAGCGGAGCGUACGGAGUCUGCGCGUGAGAAUCAAAAGAUUUGUGAGACUAAAAGUCGAACGGAAUAGAAUUAAGAGGAGAACAUUGUUGUCAGCCGAAGAGUCAAGAUCCAUAUUUUCGUCAAUAUAUUCAUCAAACAUUUAAAUCUUUGUCUUGAGUUAUUGAAGAGAAAUUCGCAAGGCGAGUUUCAACUCCUUAUCAAUCGAACCCACCCAAAACUAAAUCAUUCGAAAUAAUAGUUACUAUAAUUCCCGCUCGGAGCGUUACAUGUGCGUGCGCGGCGCGGUGGUGUAAGGGACAGUAAGGGCAGGCUGCAAAACCGCAGAACCGCAGAAGAUACUUCGCUCCGCAUCGUGCGACUGACCGCAAAUAAGAAAACGUCAAUACACGAUAGAAAAUCAGAAAAAAUUUCAUCAAGACCAAUAUUUCAAAAAUUGAUUACUCAAUACGACUACACCCCAAAUUUGUUGAUUAAACUAAAUUUAAUCGGGUAUUCACGUUUUCUUAGUUGCGAAAGUCGCCGCAGUAACAUAUAACCUAAAAAACCAUAAUGAAGGAACACACAACAUAGUGUAGAUAUAUUUCUGGAACAAACAAGUGCCUAAUUUCCCUUUUUUUUAUUCGUGAUAUAAAUAUUUUUAUGACAAGAAAAGAAAUUUGAUUUUCUUUCUUGACAAUAAUGGCCACGCCUACAAAUGGUAAUGGGAAUUUGGUGGACGAGUUCGAGGAGGCAUUUCAACAAUGCUUGAACAUUCUCACAAAAGAAGAAGGCCUUGGCAACAACAGUAUAGGUGGAAGUUUGUCCAUAGACAAAGACGAGGCAAGAGGAGAAAUAGAACAAGUCACACUAAGGUUUAUAGACCUUGCUAGACAAAUGGAAGCAUUUUUCCUUCAAAAAAGGUUCUUAUUGUCUGCAUUAAAACCGGAACUAGUCGUAAAGGAGGACAUAUAUGAUCUUAAACUAGAACUCACUCGCAAAGACGAUCUCAUUAAACGGCACUAUGACAAAAUAGCAGUUUGGCAAAAUUUAUUAGCCGAUCUACAGGGAUGGGCCCAAUCGCCUGCACAGGGACCAGCUCCAAACGGCUUGGCAAACGGUAAUCAGGGUAAUCAAGGUCAACCAGGAUCAAACGGAGCAGGAGGUUCUGGACUCCAACAGCCUCAGACUCAACAACAGCAACAGCAACAGUUGCUCCAACACCAGCAACAGCUUCAACAGCAACAGCUUCAACAACUACAGCAACAUCAAUUGCAACAGCAACAACUCCACCAACAACAGGUACAGCAAGGAGCUGGCGGUGCACCACAACAGUCGAAUCUUCAAGGUGUUGGUGUUGGACAGCAAGCGAUGUUCAUGGGCCAGAGCGGCGGCGUCGGAGUAACCGGGGUUGGUAGAGGAGCAGCAGGAUUUCCGGUGGGAGCUGUUGGAAGUGGAUCGUUGCAAGGUCCAUUGGCCUUUUUGGAAAAGACAACGAGCAAUAUAGGGAUGCCGGAGAGGCGCAGUUGACGCGCAAGGGGGAGGGGGCGGGGACGCGGUCGUGGUAGAGGUCGAGGUAGAGGUCGUGGUAACGGUGGCGGACUGCCACCACCAUCGCCGAUUCUCGACCCAUCCGAUCCUUCAUCUUAUGCCGCUGCUGCAGCUGCAGCUGCAGCCGCAGCGGCCGUCGUCUCUCCUCUUCCCUCGCAACAACAGCAGCCACCACCGCCGUGCACAUGAAUUGCACCUUUUUCUGGGGCUGCUGAAUAAUUUUUUUUUUUUUUAUUUUUUUUAAUUAAUAUUUUUUUUUUCUUUUUACUUCCUUUCCUCCUCGUUCCUUCAGCAACGAAUAUUCUCGUCACUUUUUCUUUGUUUCUAUCUAAUUUGUUAUUUUACCUCGACUCGCUUGGGCCCAAUGAGCCGCGUGCGUGAGUGAACAACAUGAGGCCGCAUGGUAUGGUGAAGCUGUGCGAGCUUGGGUGCUCUUUUUAACAACAGGAACAAAUACCUGAAAAAUAUGAAGGAGUCAUUGAAAACAAAAUUUAGAAAGAUGUGAAGACAAUUGAUUGAAGGUUCUUCGUGGUUAAAGAGAAAAAAUUAUAAGAUUGAAAAAUUGGUACUAGAGAGUCCUGAAAAUCGACAGAUUUGCUCAAAAAUUCUUAUGAUAGUCGUUGUACGCACAAUUAUCUACAUAGCGUUAUGGAAUAUUUUCGUUUCAUGUGACUAUUGCUAACAGCACAGAAAUCGCUUUUUCUCGUGUGAAAUGUUACGUUGGAAAUGGGCCCAAUAUUUUUUAAAACCAGAGUGUAGCAUGAAAAAUGUUGAACUAUGAAUGAAGAUUUUUUUGCAUCACGGAAAACUUCGAUCAAAAGUGUCUACAUUUUUCAAAGAUUUUUUUCAUGUUAUUCAUAUUGACGAGGUGUGUACGUACUAAUACGUACUGUAAUAGCCUUUUACAUUUUUUUUUAAUUUUUCGACCAUCGGUGAUUCACGAGAAAAAUGGAUGCUGCGGGCUGUGAUUCCAUUUCUUCACUUUUUUUUCUUACCCUCAUUAUUUUUCUAUUGAAGUUCCUUUAUUUUUUCUCAAGUUAUUUCACUUUCAUCCCCUCAAUUCUUUUCAAUUUCUCGAUGGAAGAAAAACACAGUAUAAAUUUCGUCGACAACGCUGUGCGAAAGAAUUUGUUUUCUUCGACCCUUUUUAUACCGGAGAAUAUUCAGGGUAUCAGAGACGCUUACAGCUACGAAAGUUUGCCAUUUGAUUAUAGAUGAAAAAUAACGAGUGUUAAGUAUUUAUUUCUUCUUUUAUCUUAAUUCCCCUCGCGCAGACAGAAUUUCGUUCUUUCCCUGAAAAACUUUCGAGCCCUCUGUAGCAAAGUCAAUACUUUCUGAAAUUAUUCUCGUAAAAGUCGAACUGCGCUCGUGAGAAUACAAAAAAUUCACUGCGUGUUGUACAUAAGAUGAUGAAAACGUUAAACACGUUUUUCCGAUGCUUCAAUGAUGGUUUUCAUCUUAGGAAAAGAAAUUUAAUUAUCCGAAUAUUUGUAAUUAUUUUUUUAGGCUCAUAAUCGCACGAGCGAAUAGAAUAAAGUACAUUUAUUUUAAGUCGUAUUAAGGUGAAGAUAAAUAAUAAUAGUAAUAACAGUUGAGGUUUGUUGAAAUUUCAACGUUAUCGGGAAACGGUGAACAAAACAUGAGAUAAAACAAGUGUGAACAAUUAUUAAAUUUGGGUGAAACGGA